AUGAAAUUCAUUAUGUUUUCCAAUCUAAUUGGAACACAUUUUGAGUCUCUAGAGUAUAUGAGGUAACAGGAUUAUGAUUUGGAGGCAACAACUGGAAUCGACCUUGAAUCUCCAUAUUGAUUAACCUCCUCUUACAUAUACCUGAUUGCCAACACUCAUUCUAUUAUAAUCUCACUUUUUACAUUCUAUUAUUUUUAGGAAUGUACAACAGAAGACCUGAAAGCAAAAAUUCACAAAUUACAAUUUUACUACAUAAAGUACCAACUGGGUAUGAAGUACUAGAAGUGCAAACAGAAUAGCGAAAGUUGAUUCCAAAGCCUUAAAUAUAAUCAAUUGCACCACUUGUUAAAAGAGAAAACACCACUACUAACAUCCCCUAAGAAACAACACAAAGCAAGGUAAUAAUUGGACUUCAGCCUUUUUAGAAAGAUUGGUUUCUUCAAAAUUGGGAAGCCAUCAUCCCAGCUCCUGCUCGUUGGUUUCAGAUUGAUUCAAUCCAUGAAAUCGAAAAGGAUUCCCUGCCAGAAUUUUUCCAUCAACAUUUUCACAAUGACAUUUCAUAUUAUAAGGGCAACUAUAAGACUCCUCUCACUUACAUGAAAAUAAGGAAUAACAUCUUAUAAAAGUGGAUAAGCACCCAAAGUAAAUAUCUUAAAUUUACUGAUUGUCUCAAUUUCAUAAGUGGAGAUGCUUCAUCUUUAUUGAGAGUCUACACUUUCUUAGAACAUUGGGGAUUAAUCAAUUUCUAAUACAAUCCCAACAAUCUUCCAAAUUAAGGACAAGUGUAUCAAUAAAAUGGCACUUUCUUAGAAAGACUUAAACUCAAUUUCCAAAGCAAUCAAAUCAAUUUCCAUAGUGAACCUCAUUAUGAGUAAGCAUUUAUGUUCAUUACAUAGAUGUCAUAUAUGUGAUAUGAAAGCUUAUCCAUUCCACUAAUAGAAAAAGGAUAAUUUAGCAUCCUUUCAAUUACAACCAUUAUUGUUGUGCAAUAAUUGUUUCCUUGAUAAAAAAUAUCCCAAAUUUUUGAAAAACGAAGAUUUCUGUAAGUAUCUUUCUUACUAUUCUUAGAAUAAUUCCAAUAAACCUAGAAAUAUGCACCUUGGACUCAAGAAGAGAUUUAUCGAUUGCUUGAAUUGGUUAACAAACACAAUUAAAAAUGGAAUGAAAUUGCUAAAUACUUUACAAAACGAUCUCUGACUGAAAUUGUUAAAAUGUAUCUGUAACUUCCAUAUUCAAACCUAUUUCCAUCUUUGGAUAAAGAACCUUCCAUCCCAAAAAAACCAUAAAAAGUAAAAUAUCUUCAGUAACACCCUUAGGAACACAUCACAUUCCAUAAUGAUAUGAGUAACCCUAUUCAAUUGGGAGUUGCUUCUUUCAAGUCACAAUUGGAUAAGCUUAAACUGCCCAAUAUUGAAGUCAUUUAGAGUUAGGAACCAGAUAAAAUGGAUGAAAAUUUAAAGCAAAUGAUCUCUGUGUAAAUGGAAAAGAUUGAGGAACAAUUAUUAUAUCUUGAAACUUAUGAGCAAUUAGUCAACCAAGAAAAAUAAUGUGUUUAAACUAUCCAAAAAAAGAAUUUAUAGAUGUAAGUUUAAGUCUAGACUAAUGAUAUUGUAAGUGAUAAUAUGAUGUUUUUAUGA